UGCGAUACCUUUUUCAAAGAGGAACGCACUGGAAACAAAAACAAAUUCGGAAUCGCCCGGGAUGGAAGUUUCGUUACGAUCGAAAGGUGCUGCGUAAAUUAAAAUGGUCGGAAAAAUGGAGUCCUGGGGAAACUGGCUACUGUGCGGCGAGCUGGGCCAAGGCGGAUUCGGCAAGGUGCACCACUGGCGGCACCGCAGCGGAGGCCAGGAAAUUGCCACCAAACAUAUCAAGGACUUGAAUUCACUGAGCGCCGAUCAGCAGAUAAAGCUCAGCGAGCGCUGGAAUCAGGAGUACAAUUGGACGCGCGAGUUCCAGCAGCUGCCGCACAUUGUGGCCGGAGUGAUUCUUGAUGAAGUCGAUCCGGCUUUCAGGGACUUCCUCAAUGGCCGACACAUUGCCAAGCUACCGGUCAUAGUGCUGGAGUACUGCAACGGGGGCGACAUGCGCAAGCGGCUACUGAGUCCGGAGAAUGCCAAUGGACUGGUGGAGUUUGAGGUGCGCGAGAUCCUGGGGGCUCUGCGGCUAGCCGUUUACUUUCUGCACUCGAAGUGUGGAGUCUGUCACCGAGACUUGAAGCCAGAUAACAUAGUGAUACACCGCGGAUCGGACGGUAAAAAGGUGUACAAGCUAACCGAUUUUGGCUUGGCGCGGGGCACCCCCGACAAAACGAUGCUGCAAAGCGUAGUGGGAACGCGAAACUACUUUGCCCCCGAGGUGGUAGAGUCGGGUAUUUAUAACAAGGCAGUGGACUACUGGUCGUUGGGCAUCAUCGCCUAUGAGGUGGCCAUAGGCGAGCUGCCCUUCAUUCCGCACCAGACGCCAAAGAAUAUUAUAAUGAGUCUUUUAAAGAAGCCCAGAGACAUUAUUGCCAUCACAGAGGAUCCUGCGGAUCCCAGUCGCUUCCGAAAUCAUAAACAUUUGCCCAACGAGCAUCACCUGUCGCGUCCCUGGGCGGACAAGUUUACUCAGUGGCUCCGCGUGUCACUGGACAGCGACCAAAAGAGGCGUGGGCAAGUGGCAUCUGAUGAAGUACAAUCAGUUCCAGUCGUAUUCUCUUCACUCGACCAGCUGCUCCAGAUGAAGGUGCUCACAAUUUUUGCCGUGAACUCCAGCAAGCGGCUGGAGUACGCCGUAACUGACGACAUGACAAAGGAGUGCCUGAUGCGAGAUAUAGCUCGGGACACGAAAAUGGCGGUGGAGGAUAUUUAUCUCGUGCUACCCACUUUUCACCCGCACAAGAAGAUCACGCCAAGCACCAAGCCAAUUGAUCUGUAUGUAGAAGAGUGGAGGGAUACCAGCAAAGAUACGCGUAAAUGGACCAAGCGCAGCAUUCCCCCAGUGAUGGUGUACGUGUUUCAGGGUAAGGGCACCGAAUACAGCGUCCCUGAGCCUGUUUUCUCAACGCUGAUGCUAAAUUGUAAUGGCUCCAAGUUCAAGUCAGAGGAAAGGUGGCUGCUCAAGCGUCUGGCUCUGGAUAUGCACUUCGUAAUAAGCAAGGAGCAGGCGAACGUGGAGAUGUUUCUUUCUGGAAUCAAUGAGCAUGCGCUAGAACUGGAAGACGAGAUAAUCGCUAGCCCGUAUAAGGACAUAAUAAACAAACAGUUACUGACCACUGCCUGCGUCUUCAAUCAAUUGGAGAAACUUCGAACGGAAGCCAACGCGGAGAGUCCAUCCAUUCAGCUCAAUGACUCGGCAGAAUGGGAGAGACUUAAGACCAGCUAUCAAGUCAUUACAGAUAGCGCCAACAAACUCCUGGCCCACUUCGACUCCUGCUUUCGGGAAGCCCGCAACAAGGUGAAUGCCACCAAGCAGCUACUGCAAGACUAUGGCGAAAAAGAUAUAUUCAAUGUCAAUGGAUUUCAGCGGCGAUACUUACGCAACGGAGGGAGUAUUUCCCUCGGAGAAUUCAGGGAAGCUGUUAAGGAGUUCGGUAAAACCUAUCAAAAGCUCCAAAACGACGGCCCUUUGGUGAAGGAGGCCAAGAUGAUCGAUACCUUACACUUGCAUUUCGCUACAGGCAGGUUGGCAGUCCCGACUGCUAUAGAGAAAUUUGAACAGAUUAAGAGCGAUAUAUCUAAGCUACUCUUAGAGAUGCUCAAAUCUGCAGCAUCACCUCCGACGAUUUCGUCGAUGCCGCCGAUCUCGAUAUCUGCCCCUCCGCCUGCAGUGCUUCAGCUGAGCGACGAAAUGAGAAGACUGACUGUGAACACUAUGCAUCCCAGCUCGGAUCCAUUUGAUUCUAUAAGCACAUACAACGUUAUCGCCGAGGCUGAAUUGAUUAACCAGAUGCUGGAGGCUGAGAUGGAAGUCGAUUCUGUCUAGUUUCCUGUGAUGGCUGCAGAACUUGUGCCUUAAUUUAAUCGAAAUACGAAUCACAAUUUUUUAUUUAUUAUUUACAUUAUUUUAGUUUGUUAUCGACCAUUUGACAAAUGAUGAGUUGUCCCUCUUUAAUGGUUUCACAAAAACAUAGAAAAGUGUUUAUUUUGUUUUAAUUUGUGCAUGUUAUUAUAUUCUCAGUGAAAUUAAACUAAAAUCUGUUUAAGAAUAAUUGUUUUCUUUUCGUUUAACUUCACUUAGUGCAAGAAAAUGAGGGUUUGUCCGUGUGCACCGCAAAUUGUUUUCAGUUCCGCCAGACCGAUUGAAGCAGCCGUUAAAUUGUUAUUGCCUCCUUUCCAGAUGGCCAUACACUUAAUUAAUGUAUCAAUUAACCAAGUAUAUAAUGCGUUGUGCCUUUAAAACUGUCGAAUUUAUAGUUUAUAGAACUAAUGUUAUAUACCUUAAUAAAGAAACAAUUGUGACAAAGUA